UUUUACUUUUUUUGACUAAAUCUUUUUUAUCAUGUAUGAGAUAUAUGGUUUUUUAAUAAAUAUAUUAUUAUUCAUAACACGAACAAAAUUAUUAUAUAUAAUCAGGACAACACGAAAAAUACAAUAGAUUUGAGCUUGAGCUUGUGCAUCCGAUGUCUUUAAAUUUCUUAGGUAAAACUUUGUCGCCAAUUUACUCAUAAAAUUUGAAAAUUAAUCACAGUAAUUACACGCAGAUUAAGGUAAUUUUUUUUUAAAAAGGCGGUUCAGAUAGAGAAGGAAAAAGAACCGGCACAAAGAAAGGGUUUAUGACCCCCCAACACAAUCACAAAAACCGGAUAUAUAAAAGACAAAACCCAAAAACAAACAAACCCUAGUCACUACCCCUUUUCUUACUCCCCAACCACCGCCGCCACAUCAACCGUUACUCUUCUUCAGCCUCUUUUUGUUCACAACACUUACUCAUUUCUCAGAUCUCUGUUCUUUUCGUAAACUCUAUCGAUUCUACGUUUUUAUCAAACAACAACUACCACCGUUAACUUAAUAACUUAUUCCCACCAUACUCUAUGGUUGUCAACGAAAGACCAAGUAAGAGAAUGAAACGAAGAGUCACUGCCGAUCUUUAUGAUUUUCUCACUUUCCCUCCCGCCAGUGACAAAUCCACCGCUGUUCCUUUUCGUACCGAUGUUCAUCGGUUUGUUUCUGAACAUGCUCGUGUUACUUUUCCUCCUUCUCUUUUUUCGUCUCUGAUGACGUGGCAGAUCCUGUUUCGUGUUGGAGAUGUUGGUGAUGGUUCUGAUCUUUCUACUGCCAUGGUUGCUCUUGACAUUGUUGAAGAGGAUGUAACUCGGUCUCGUAGUUCGGUUUAUUGUGACCAGUGCCGAGUUGUUGGAUGGAGUGCUCAUCCUGUAUGUGGAAAGCGAUAUCACUUCAUAAUAAGGUCUGCAAGUGAUUCUAUCGAAUCAUACCAAAGACCUUGUUCAAAAUGUGAAACUCCUGUCCCAUUAUCUGAAGCAAGGUGUAAGGCGUGCAAUUUUGACAUCUCCAUUGAUGAUCUUGAGGAUUGUGUGUAUCUUCAAAUGGAAGAGAACACUCAUCUUCUGCAUGGAGUUAUCCACUCCAAUGGUUAUGGUCACUUGCUUACUCUUAAUGGAAAAGAAGGUGGCUCGAUGCUUCUCUCUGGAUCUGAUAUUAUGGGAUUCUGGGAUAGGCUAUGUGCUGCAAUUUCUGUUAGGAAGGUUAGUGUGAUGGAUUUGUCAAAGAAAUUUGGUCUGGAUUAUCGUUUGCUUCAUUCAAUUGCAAAAGGGCAUUCAUGGUAUGGCAAUUGGGGUUAUGAAUUUGGGACUGGCAGCUAUGCUCUUACCAAAGAUGCUUACAAUAAGGCAGUUGAUAGCUUGUCCAAUAUGCCCUUGUCCUCGUUUUUAUUCCAGGACCGAGGACCUCGACACCAUGUGCAAUCCAUUAUUUCUCUUUACCAGUCUUUGGCAGGAACUGAACUUCUCACAAUGAAAGACCUCUUCUCCUUUUUGUUGGAAUUGGUUCAUAAAUUUCGUAAGCCCAGGAGUGCAAAGACUGCUAAACAGCAUGGAUAUGCCAGUCCCUGUAAUUUAUUAUGUGCAUGGACUAGAAAAGAUGUUGAAGAUGUGCAACAUGCUUUAAUCAAGGUGUUGCUAGUAUCUGGUGCUUGUAAUGAGGCCAAAUGGGUGACAAGCCAAACUCUCAAGGGGGCAGUAAGUAGGCUUGGAUCUCCAGAGUUACUAGACUACUGUCUUAAGCAUUUGCAAGGGAAAAUAGCCGCAAAUGGAUUGGUAGUUUGUUCGCGAUGCAAUCCCACAUCCAGUGCUAUUGAAUUCAGAUUGGGACAUUUGACUAAUGGAUUUAGCUCAAAUUCAGCGUACCCUUCAGAAGAGCAAGUGAUUUCUGAUUUGACACUCCUAUUUAAUUCACUUAUUCACCCUGAAAAAAUGAUCAAAUACAGACCUAAGAUUAUUAGGAAAACAGUGUGUGAUUCAGCCAGAAAGCUUCUUGACUGUAAGCAGUUUAUGAAGGAUUACAAAAUUGAUCAAGUGACCACAGAACUGCCUUCAGCUAUUAAGCUCUGGUGUCAUGUGGAGCUUUCUGAUCAACCUAAAGAAGACCAGCCAUCACCACCGCCAGAGCUAAUUGUUUUGCCUUUGGAUGCUACUGUUGUUGACCUCAAGAAUGAAGCCACUAAAGCUUUCCAAUCGGUAUAUGCAAUGUACAAAAAGUUUCAAGCUCUAGAACUUUUAGGUUUUGGUUCAAUCAAGGACUCACUAACUGUAAAAUUCCUUCUCGGAACAUCUGGAUCAGUUGAAAUUCUAGGAAAAUGCCCAUCCAAACAUGGCUUAAGCCGAUUCCGAAAGGAGCGUGGUACUGAAGAAUGGAAAGUUGAUUGCACAUGUGGUGCUAAGGAUGAUGACGGAGAAAAAAUGUUAGCAUGUGAUACCUGUGGCAUCUGGCAGCAUACCAGAUGUGCUGGAAUUGGUAGUUCUGAUGACGGCUUGCCUUCCAAGUUUGUAUGUAUGAAAUGUGUUGAGGCUUGUAAAUUGAACGCAUCCUGCAGAAAUGAAAAUGCAGCUGCUUGUAAUAUAAAUGUGAAUUUUGGUGUACAAUGAGGGUUUGUAGUCUUUGUAUGUAUUGUAUAUAGUUAGAGUUAUUGGCUAGGUUUUAAUGUUAUGACAGAUGAGCCCAGAUUAUUAUUAACAGUUUGAAAACCUGUUUUUGAGAGCUUAGUCUCAUUUGUCAGUUUGGCUUGUUUUAUCGAGCUCAAAAAGAAAUACAAGACCAUGAUGACAGCUUUGUUUUCA